AUGAGGAAAGCGAAGCAGCAGGUGCACGCGAGGCAAGACACAAUUUGCUUGGAAGAGAGCGAGGAGUACCUGGUAGAUAGCGAGGAGUACCUGGUAGAGAGCGAGGAGUACCUGGAAGAGAGCGAGGAGUACCUGGUAGAGAGCGAGGAGUACCUGGUAGAGAGCGAGGAGUACCUGGAAGAGAGCGAGGAGUACCUGGUAGAGAGCGAGGAGUACCUGGAAGAGAGCGAGGAGUACCUGGAAGAGAGCGAGGAGUACCUGGUAGAGAGCGAGGAGUACCUGGAAGAGAGCGAGGAGUACCUGGUAGAGAGCGAGGAGUACCUGGUAGAGAGCGAGGAGUACCUGGUAGAGAGCGAGGAGUACCUGGUAGAGAGCGAGGAGUACCUGGUAGAGAGCGAGGAGUACCUGGUAGAGAGCGAGGAGUACCUGGUAGAGAGCGAGGAGUACCUGGUAGAGAGCGAGGAGUACCUGGAAGAGAGCGAGGAGUACCUGGUAGAGAGCGAGGAGUACCUGGUAGAGAGCGAGGAGUACCUGGUAGAGAGCGAGGAGUACCUGGUAGAGAGCGAGGAGUACCUGGUAGAGAGCGAGGAGUACCUGGUAGAGAGCGAGGAGUACCUGGUAGAGAGCGAGGAGUACCUGGAAGAGAGCGAGGAGUACCUGGUAGAGAGCGAGGAGUACCUGGAAGAGAGCGAGGAGUACCUGGUAGAGAGCGAGGAGUACCUGGUAGAGAGCGAGGAGUACCUGGUAGAGAGCGAGGAGUACCUGGUAGAGAGCGAGGAGUACCUGGUAGAGAGCGAGGAGUACCUGGUAGAGAGCGAGGAGUACCUGGUAGAGAGCGAGGAGUACCUGGUAGAGAGCGAGGAGUACCUGGUAGAGAGCGAGGAGUACCUGGUAGAGAGCGAGGAGUACCUGGUAGAGAGCGAGGAGUACCUGGUAGAGAGCGAGGAGUACCUGGAAGAGAGCGAGGAGUACCUGGUAGAGAGCGAGGAGUACCUGGUAGAGAGCGAGGAGUACCUGGUAGAGAGCGAGGAGUACCUGGUAGAGAGCGAGGAGUACCUGGUAGAGAGCGAGGAGUACCUGGUAGAGAGCGAGGAGUACCUGGUAGAGAGCGAGGAGUACCUGGUAGAGAGCGAGGAGUACCUGGUAGAGAGCGAGGAGUACCUGGUAGAGAGCGAGGAGUACCUGGAAGAGAGCGAGGAGUACCUGGUAGAGAGCGAGGAGUACCUGGUAGAGAGCGAGGAGUACCUGGUAGAGAGCGAGGAGUACCUGGUAGAGAGCGAGGAGUACCUGGUAGAGAGCGAGGAGUACCUGGAAGAGAGCGAGGAGUACCUGGUAGAGAGCGAGGAGUACCUGGUAGAGAGCGAGGAGUACCUGGUAGAGAGCGAGGAGUACCUGGUAGAGAGCGAGGAGUACCUGGUAGAGAGCGAGGAGUACCUGGUAGAGAGCGAGGAGUACCUGGUAGAGAGCGAGGAGUACCUGGUAGAGAGCGAGGAGUACCUGGUAGAGAGCGAGGAGUACCUGGUAGAGAGCGAGGAGUACCUGGUAGAGAGCGAGGAGUACCUGGUAGAGAGCGAGGAGGCGCAGAGCCUUGCAGUGCAACAGCAGGCGAACCGACCAGCGCCCUCCCUCCUCCUCCACGCCCAGCACGAUCUGCACGUCGGGCACGGCGCCCACCACAUGCACGCGCACUCCCGCCACCACCACGCUCCAAUACCUGCCCGCCACCUGCCGUGCCUCCACCGCCUCCACAUUCACCUCGCUCGUCCUCUCUCCCCCAUCCCCACCCUCAUUCGCUCUCGCCCACCACAACCCUCCCUCGCCUCCCUCAUCUGCCUCUCCCGCUGCACCCGCGCCGGCGUGCGUGGCGGCGAGGGGGAGGGCGAGGGCGAGGAGGGGCAGGGCGGCGGAGAGGCAGUCGAGCAGCGUGCAGAGCGCCAGCAGGCGCACACGGGGCGAGCGGUGCAGCAGGGCGCGCGUGAGAGCGGGGCGCGGAAGGCACGGGGGGAGCACGCGGGCGAGGAGAGGAGAGACGUUGGGCGAGGGGAGGUGCAGGGAGAAGGGCGCGGAGGCGGAGAGGAGGGGCAUUGUGGAGCAGAUGCGCACGAGGCGGCUCACCAGGGCCAUGCCCGCGAACCUGGGGGAGGGGGGGUGCGGCAUGGGCGGGUGGGGGGCGAGCGUUAG